GUGCAGCUCCGGAAAGCGGCGCUCUCUUAAAUAUGAUUGGUUGAACCUUUACCCAACGGCAACUUCCGCGAGUUUUACUCUUUAUCACAUGAUGUCCAAGAGGUGCUGUCAGAUGAUUUUGGCACACUGAAAUGGGAGCUUUAACCGUCGUUUCGGUAUUUUUACUAAUGAUCGGGGCCAUUAGGGCCAGAUACGAACCGAACUGGGAGUCCAUCGACUCCAGACCGCUGCCAGAGUGGUACGACCAGGCUAAGUUCGGCAUCUUCAUACACUGGGGAGUCUUUUCGGUUCCGAGCUUUGGCAGCGAGUGGUUCUGGUGGUACUGGCAGAAGCAAAAACUAAAACCAUAUGUGGACUUUAUGGAGAGGAAUUAUCCUCCAGAAUUCAAGUAUCAGGACUUUGCACCGCAAUUCACUGCUGAGUUCUUUGAUGCCAAAGAAUGGACCGACAUCUUUGCCUCAUCAGGAGCAAAAUACAUCGUUCUAACCACAAAACAUCAUGAAGGUUUUACACUCUGGGGCUCAAAAAACUCCUGGAACUGGAACGCAGUGGAUGUUGGACCAAAAAGAGACCUGGUAGAUGAAGUGGUGACUGCUCUUCGCACUUACAGUGACCUGCACGUAGGGUUGUAUCACUCCCUUUUUGAGUGGUUUAACCCGCUGUUUGACCUGGAUGCCGCCAAUGUCUUCACUACAAACUACUUUCCUACCAGUAAAACUCUACCUGAGCUUUAUGAGCUUGUUGUCAAAUACAAACCAGAGGUGCUUUGGUCUGAUGGAGAUGGAAAUGCACCUGACAAAUACUGGAACAGCACUGGUUUCUUAGCCUGGCUCUAUAAUGACAGUCCAGUACGUGACACGGUGGUGACGAAUGAUCGGUGGGGUGCUGGCUCCAUCUGCACCCACGGUGGAUAUUACACCUGUAAUGAUCGCUACCAGCCAGGACACCUGCUUAAGCACAAAUGGGAAAACUGCAUGACCAUUGACACAAAGUCCUGGAGUUACAGACGUAACGCUCCCCUCAGUGAUUACCUCACCAUCGAGCAGCUUGUGGCGACACUGGUGGAGACUGUGUCCUGUGGAGGAAACCUGCUGAUGAAUAUCGGCCCCACACGCGAUGGAAGAAUCUCUCCGAUCUUUGAGGAGCGUCUGAGGCAGAUGGGCCAGUGGUUGAAGGUGAACGGGGACGCCAUCUAUAACACAACAGCAUGGCGAGAGAAUGACAGCUUGACUCCAAAUAUGUGGUACACAUCUAAACCCCAGGAAAAAGCCAUCUUUUCCAUCUUACUUGAGUGGCAAAAUGGAUCAGUGAUUCUGAGUGAGCCAGUAGUACUGGACAACUCAGGUAAGACAAAGGUGGAGCUUCUUGGUCACGGCUCCUUGAAAUGGAGGCCUGUAAAGCCCAGCGGACUGCAGGUUUUCCUGCCUCCGCUGUCCUUCGGCCAGAUGCCAUAGUGGGGCUGGACACUGAGGCUGACAGGUACCACUUGAAGAAAGUCACAUCACUUGAAGAGGAACUGAUUAGAGCAGCGAGCUGAGGAGGAUUAUACAGAUGAGUGACAAAUCAAGGCUAAAUCAACAUCUUAGUAGAAUGUUACAUAAUAAUGCCAGAGCAGCUUCUAUAAGUGUCUGCAACUAAAUAAAGGAUGUAACACUGUUCUUCUAAAACGUAUUCCUUCCUUUAUUUUGUGACAGGAAGAAAGUCCAAAAUCUCCCAUAGCUAGAAUUCACUGAAUUUUUAUGCUCCUCAAACUGAAACUUUUAUACUCUUCAGGACAGAAAUGUUUCAUCACAGAAUAAGGGUUAUCACUCAGAACAACUUUGCAUUGAUUUUCAGUGACCCGUCCCUCUAAGAACGGCAAGUAUUCUAAACCAUGCCAGUAAAAUGCCCUUGCAGCAUGUAGUGACCCAGCAUUAAAGUCAGUAACUCUUUUAUAAUAUAGUAAAGGAUGACUAUAUUUUUCCAUGUCUCUGUAGACCCCUGUUUAUGCACCACUGGAUUCUCAAAUGUGCAUUCAUGUUUGUAAUAUGGGAUUUAUGUUCCGUAGCCCCACUGUAACAUCCCUGUUCAUGUAAUUGCUGACCGACUGUUGCUGCAGGGUGUGAUGACUCCCUGCACUGACAUCCUCAGUAGCCCGAGGAAGAGUCCUCCUCUGUUUUCCUUUACAUAUCAGACUAAUGCACAAACAUGACAGUCGUCAAAUGUGCACUGUUGACCACAGUUGCCGACCCCACUUAAUAAAGUUUUCCCUAUAUGUAAAUGCUGAUUAUUCACUGUUCUGAUUGAAGCACUUUUGACUUGGAUCACUCUUCUUGCCAUCUUAAUAAAUGUUUCCUGCUCGGCAUUUUUACAUAUAACACCAUGAUUUCCUUUAAUUUCUCACCAGUCUGUGUGUUUAAUAAUUUCACCUGAAGUGGGUUAGUUAUAAGGAUAAAAAGGGCUCACUGUACUCUUUGCAAUUUGUAUUAUUAGAAUAUAAUCUUUUACAAAAAAGGUAUACAUGAUUAUUAUUUUUUCUACUGUCUUUUAUCAUGAAGGUUUUAUGUUUUAAGAAAAAGGUCAUUUUGAUAUACAGAAAUGGUUCUUGCUAUAGUGUGUUUUUAUGCAUUAACCUACUGAGUAAAUGUGACAGGUGAGACAGGUGAUCAAACAUUAUGAAAUAAAUUUAACGUUUUAUUUUCUUUAAUUUUGUAAUUAUACGUAUGUAUAUAUGCUUCAUGGCCUGAUGCACUGGCACUGUGGUUUAUCUUUAACAAAUGUUUAAAUAA